AUGUCGUCGGACCUCGCCGAGGCGCGCCACACGCCGCCGGCCUCGUGCCAGUCGCGCGACCUGACGCCGUCGCUGGCCGAGGAGUGCGGGGCCGGAAGCGGCGGCUGCGUCGACGAGGCCGGCGGCGAGUGCAACGACGACGACGGCGACGACGGCUACACCGAGUCGCCCUUCCAGGGCGAGUCGUCCAUCACGGCGCACACCGUGUUCGCGUCCGAGUUCCUGCACCACGCCGUCGGGCGCACGUCGCUCGACUCGAGCCUGGACCCCAGCAUGCACUCGGCCCUGACGUCGCUGCAGCAGAUCGUGCACAUGCAGCGCCGCACCUCGACCAUGGCCGAGAUCCGCUUCCCCAACCAGAAGCCCCUGCCCAAGGGUGGCCUCAAGGACCUGCCCAUGCCGCCGCUCAGGGUCGUCGUCGCGAUCCUGAGGGAGCUCAAGGCUAAUUCCGCCUCCCAGUUCACGCCCGUCAGCUUCACCCUCAUGUGCUCCUUCAUCAGCGUCGAGGAGUUCACCGAGCACUGCCGCCGCGUCUACUUCGCCACCGAGGACUUUUCGCAGGCGAGCUUCAUCAUCGCCGUCGCGGGGCUCUUUUACAUCCUGCAGGAGCGCGCCUGCACCGAGCAGGCGCGCGACCCGGCCCUGGCCGCCGACUACCAGCGCUACGAGGCCAUGUGCCGCGACAGCCUCGAGACGGUGCUGGCCCACUUCAGCCUCAUCCAGCCGGCCAAGCGCGAGAACGUCGAGGCCCUGAUGCUCGGGUCCAGCUACGCCAUCGAGAUUGCGAAGCCCUCGCUCGCCUGGCAGCUCAACUGCGCCGCGAGCCAGCUGUGCAUGACCAUGGGCUACCACCGCGCCCAGCCAGCCCCGUCGGAGAGCCAGGAGCAGCAACAACAACAGCAGCAGCAGCAGCAACAACAACAACAACAACAACAACAUCAACAACAGCAUCAACAACAGCAGCAGCAACAACAACAGCAACAACAGCAGCAGGACCCAAAUAACCCAGGCAGCGGCUCCGUCUUUGGCAGCAGCAGCAGCAGCAACAACAACAGCAGCAGCGGCGCCCGCGAGGCCUACGAGCAGUCCAAGCGCCUCGUGCUCUUCUGGUUCACCUACACGCUCGACAAGGGCCUGGCGCUGCGGCUGGGGCGGCCGUCGGUGAUACAGGACUACGACAUCACGGUGCCCUGGCAGGUCGGCCGCAUCCGCGGCUGGGACGACUACCGCGACACGCUCAACGUGUGGAUCCGCCACGCCCGCGUCCAGGGCCGCAUGUACGACGAGCUCUACAGCCCCGCGGCCCUGCGGCGGCCCGCCAGCGCCCGCGCCCGGACCGUCGUCGAGCUCGUCGCCGAGCUGCGCGAGCUGCGCGUGCUCGUGCUCGCCCUCCAGGCCGAGCGCAAGCCCGACCCGGCCCGCCCGACCUUUGACUCGGCCCUGGUCGAGAUUCUGGCAAAGUCCGACGACGUCUCGUUCCUGAGCUCCAUCGCGCUCUGCUACCGCGCCAUCCCGCCCGACGUCCCCGUGGUACCCGCCGGGCCCGGGGGAGGGGGAGGGGGCCGUAGCGUCUCAGGCACCUUUAGCUUCGAAUGCAUCGACGCCGCCCGCGAGUCCAUGGCCGCCCACCAGGCUUGUAUGCAGCUAAUGGCCGAAAGCAAGGAUAUGGCGGCGGCUUACGUGCACUGGACCAUCCUGUAUGCCCCAUUCAUUCCCUUUAUCGUUAUCUUCUGCCACGUUAUCGAAACAGCCGACGUGGAGGACCUAAGCCGGCUACACCGCUUCACGGCCGGGCUCGAAGGCCUGGGCGAAGUGUCGGAACCCAUCAGCAAGCUGCACCGGCUGUGCAACGCGCUUUCAAACGUCGCAAACAUGUACCUCGAGACCAAGAGGAACGCAGCCGCCGCCCAGGCCGCCCAAAUGGGUAGCGGCGGCGGCGACGGCCAGGUGGUGGGCGGCGCGGGUGCGUUGCAGGACCAGACCAUGUACCCGGUCGGCAUGGAGUUCGACAUGUACCUGCGCGACCUGGGCUUCAUGCCGGGGUCCAAUGGCGGCGGCGGCGGUGGCGGCGGCGGCGCCGACGUUGCCGGGCAAAUGCAGACGGCGGCGGCGGCCCAGGCUGCGGGUGGCGGCGGCGGCGGCGGCAUGGACAUGUUCCACAACGCGCAGCUGGGCGACUGGUUCUCGAGCAACCUGUCCAUGAUGGGCAUGCUGGAGAGGGACUUGUCGGGCUUCACCCCUCCCAACAACUGGCCGGCCACCACGGGUCCAAACGGGCAUCACCAGUAG